UAAAUGCAUUUAUAAAUCGGCGCUCCAACGAUUCUGUCAGUUCACUGUUGACGUUCAAGUGUCCACUGUGUUUUUUAUUCUCCAGUUUUUACCGAUUUCCCCACUUCAAACCACAAGGAAAUAAUUAACUGCGGAAUAAAUUGAUGCACAACCAAUGCAUAGUGAAGUGUUCAUCAUUGUGAAGCAUUCUAUUUGAUUUCACUAAGAAAUAUUUGUAAUUUGAAAAACAUGUAGAGAAGGAUUUAGGAGUGGCCGAAUUCAAUCGGUUACAGUCGACUUGUCUCUUCGGUGAGAUUAUCAAGGAUAUUUCUGGAAUGGAGGGAGAUAGCACAAUUUGUGUGAUACCCUUUUUUGUAGCUCUCAAUUGACUUCACGGAAAAGGUCAUGACUAAAAUGUCGCUAUGUUCGUUGGAUUCCGAGAUUUUCAUUGAAAACUGGUGGAAAAUAAAAAUCUACUGUGGAACGCGGUUUAAUCCAAUUCAAAAUUAAAUAAAAUUACAUGAUUGUUUUUAUUUUAGUGGAAUUGAACUUAAUCAGUUCCCUAGAGAUAUAUUUACUCAUAAUAAUCAGAAUAAUAUUCGAGACGUGCAGAUACAGGAUUCCCAGAGGAUGAGAUUCCCAGUGAUUAUGAAGACAUUUAUACAUCCUAUGUUCAUUAAAACGUAGACUGUAGUAAGACGUAUGCCUUGGGGUUAGUUUUCCCCGAGUGGAUGCUAUUAAACAUGAGAUCUAACUCAAGACCAUCACCAAGAAAUCAUCUUCUCGAUGGGCUGGUUCAGUAAAUGCGUGUGUGGCGUCAAAAACGCCAAAUCUCAUCCGAAGAGAGAGAGGAACAAGAAGCAAAACUCGAAAACAUCACCGGGACGUGGGGAUAUAUAUGUGAUACAAGAGCAGAGAAAUGAAGAGACUGGAGGGAAACGUAGAAAUGAUAAUAGAGAUACCGAGGUAAAUCAUGUGGAGAAGCAUCAGGAGAUCGGCCUUGAGCGUCAGGAAUUAGUCAGAGUUAAUGAGGCAGAUCGUGGAACGAAAGAUUGGUCGAAUGGUGAAUUACCUCAGACAAUCGAUCCCAAUCAUCAGAACUACUUGAGGUCACCAGGUCAUGAAGAAGAGUUCUAUGAUUCGCUUUCAGAGUCAAGAUCUGAUGAGACUCUUCAAGCGAACUCUCUGAAGAAUAAAAUCGAUGGCGAAUAUCGGUGGCAGAAUGGCUCACCAACCUUCAAUCAUUCGAAUAAAUUAAAUCCAAGUUCAAUGGUUCAUGGAAAAUGUCGAGCAUCGAGCGAUCUCUGGGAGUCAUCGGACAAAAACAGAAUAGCGAGUCGAGUGAAUGACGAUAAUGACACUUUCGAGAUGUUGAAUAAUAAUCUGUACAAUAACAACAUGUCGAAGGAUUUUGACGUGAAAGAAGGGUAUCAUUUUGCGUUGAUGGACGGUGGAAGACUGUCUGUCGAGACUAUUCCUCAGCGGAGUAAAUUUUUCAGAGAAGCUAGCAUUAAGAAAUCCGGAAAUGAGCAAGACUUCCGCUCUGGAAUGAAUUCGUGUAGUUUUGUGAUACCGUUUCAGGAGAAUGAGGCAAUGGUGAAGGGUAAUAGGAAAAAGAAAAUCCACUCGAUGAUACCAAAACCCUCGUCCAGGGGUGAAACACAUCACUCCAGCAAUGACGGGAUGCACGAAACAUCCAAUGGCCGUGUCCAUUCUGCGAUUGUCUCUGGCGUCAACUGGGAAUCAAAAAGUGUCACAGUAGAAUGGUUCGAGAAAGGAGAGACCAAGGGAAAAGAAGUGGAGAUGGACACGAUCCUGACUCUCAAUCCCGAAUUAACAUCAAAGAGCAUGGGUCCCCCUCAAAACAACAAUAUGAUUUCAACCACAAGAUCGAGGGACUCAUCCGACGAGGAGGAUGAGAAUCCAGAUGAUCUGAAUAAUCAGGACGAUGGAUCAUUGGGACGUCAUGGUGGACAGACCUCUAGAAAUGGCUUGACCUCUGCAACAUUAUCUCAUUCUACGAGGCCGUCUAUUCCAGUUAAAGCAGGUUCGAAUCGUCAGAUAGCCAGACAAACUGGAAGGCCGACGAAUAUAAUGCCACCCGUGAGCUCAAUAAAUGGCCACGACUCUGUAUCUGGUCUGACGAGUCGCCGUGAAUUGGAAAAUAUUCCUCCAACGCCAACAGCACCUACCUUCUCCAACGUCACCUCCUCGGCAAUCUCCAAAACCAAACAGAUACAGCCCCCUCAAACGCAGCAACAGCCGAAGCAACAGCAACAGCAGCAGCAGCAGCAGCAGGAACAGUUACCGAGUAAUCAGUCACAGGUGGAGAAUGGCAGAGGAAGACGAUCCAAUGUGGUCAAGGAGGUUGAGAGACUGAAGAAAAAUCGAGAGGAGAGAAGGCAGCGACAGGCAGAACUCAAGGAGGAGAAGGAGGCGUUAAUGAACCUAGACCCUGGAAAUCCAAAUUGGGAAUUCCUUGCUAUGAUUCGAGAAUACCAGAAUAGCAUAGACUUCAGGCCUCUCCGUGAGAGCGAUGCUGUGGAGGACCAUCAAAUAACAGUCUGUGUACGAAAGAGACCACUCAAUCGAAAAGAAGUAAAUCGUAAAGAGGUGGACGUUAUAAGUGUGCCGAGCAAAGAUCAAAUGGUGGUGCACGAGCCAAAGUCAAAAGUUGAUCUAACUAAAUACCUGGACAACCAACUCUUCAGAUUUGAUUAUGCAUUCGACGAGACUUGCACAAACGAGAUUGUCUACAAAUACACAGCUAAACCUCUGGUCCAGACCAUCUUCGAGGGUGGCAUGGCAACGUGUUUCGCUUAUGGUCAAACUGGAAGUGGCAAGACCCACACAAUGGGUGGUGAUUUCAAUGGAAAAACCCAGGACUGCAAAAAGGGAAUCUACGCCAUGGUUGCUAAAGACGUAUUCAAGUAUCUCAAAUUACCCAAGUACAGAGGACUCAAUCUUGUCAUAUCAGCGAGUUUCUUCGAGAUUUAUUCUGGCAAAGUGUUUGAUCUUCUUGCUGACAAAGAGAAGCUCAGAGUCCUCGAGGAUGGUAAACAGCAGGUGCAGAUUGUUGGAUUGACUGAGAAGGUCGUUGAGACUUGUGAUGAAGUACUGAAGCUCAUUCAGAAUGGUAACAGUGCUAGGACCAGUGGGCAAACAAGUGCUAAUUCAAAUUCAUCGAGGUCACAUGCUGUCUUUCAGAUUGUGGUGAGGUCACCUGGUACUCAUAAAAUUCAUGGAAAAUUUUCGCUCAUUGAUCUCGCUGGUAAUGAGAGGGGUGCUGAUACUUCAUCCGCCAACAGACAAACUCGAAUGGAAGGCGCAGAGAUUAAUAAAUCUCUUCUCGCAUUGAAAGAAUGCAUCCGAGCACUGGGUCGCAAAGGCACUCAUCUACCCUUCCGAGCUAGCAAACUCACACAAGUUCUCAGGGACAGUUUCAUCGGUGAAAAAUCAAGGACUUGUAUGAUUGCCAUGAUUAGCCCGGGUAUGAGCUCUUGUGAGCACUCACUCAACACUCUGAGAUAUGCUGAUCGUGUCAAGGAGCUCGCGGCAACCGAUCCAACUGAAAUGAAAGCCUCGCCCACUGAUGAUGAUCAACUCUUCAAGAUCGACGAGCAGGGGAAUGACAGUGUCCUCUCUGAUAGCGACCUCGCACAGCUCAGAUCAUUGAAUGAAGGGGAACUUUCUCAAGAUCUAUACACCUUCCACGAGGCAGUAUCUGCCUUGCAGCUGAUGGAAGAGGAAGUACUAGAUACGCACAAACUCGUCAUGGAGAAUACCCCAAGAUUCCUAAACGCUGCUCGCGGUGUAUUCACCACAACUCACGAGGUUGAUUACGAUCAAGAAGAUGCGAGCUCUAACCCCUCGGAAAAAACGUUCUUGGAAUUGAUUGGAAAUUUUGGCGGCGGUGGCGAGUCACUGGACGCAUCCAUCAACGAUUGGGACGAGGAUAUGAGCAGAAAGUGCGUUAUAACUCCCUUAUCCAUCACGAGAUCCCCCUGGAAAUUCGAGUGUCAGGAGAGUUCGAGCUCUAGUGAAUUAUCCCAGGAGAUGACGAAGACAUCAAAACUGAUGAAGAAGAAGGAAACGUAUGCCUCAGCACCAAUGAGAAAAACCACAGAGAGAGCAUUAGCCCGGGAUUCAGCCUCGAAGAGGAGUUCAACUCCUAGAAGACGUUGGUCCCUCACAACCAAAAAAACUACUUCGAAAUACAGCUGGACUGGACAAUUUCGUGCAAAACGUUCGAUUUUCACCCGAAAUCCCUCGACAGUCGAGGAGAAGAAAGAAUUUUUAUCACUGACAAGGACCCCCAGUCCUGUUGACUCUGGAUUCCUUUAUGGUCGAGAUCCCGAGACUGAGGCUAAAGUUUUUCAAUUAAAUACAACGAGAACGAUUAGACGUAACACCAGUGAAUCCAUGGAUUCUUUGAAUGAUGACUUGAAGAUUGAUGAUGAUUGGUGGAAGAGUGAAGAUGAGGGUCGUCAUUUCUGCGAAGCAGAGAGUGAUCCUAAGAUUGCUGAUGAUUUUGUUAAUUUGAGUGAUUUUGGAAAAGUCAAUGUCCUCAGACAACGAUUUGGGAGGAUGAAGAGACCUAGUUGGAUUAACGCCGAUAAUUCAGACGUUUUAACAAUGAAUGAUCUUUAUGUUAAUGAUAACGAUGAUUAUAAUGGUGCAUUUGAUCUAUCGAAUGUCCCUCGAUAUGGGGACAGUGAUGAAGAAAAAGGCUCGUUCUAUUGCAGAGCUAAAGAUUUUUUUCUGGCAUUUUUAGUCAAUGUUCUUAUGUUUGCAUUUUUACCAGUUAUUUAUAUCACUAUUUUCAUUUACAUGCACGGUGAUGAUGAUUGAUAUCAUCAAGCAAUGAAUUUUACCUCAUUUUUAUCGUUAGCGUUAUUACUUUUUCUUUUAAAUCUGUUCAAUCGAGCAUUUAUUAGACUCCGUGGGUUUAUUUUUAUAAUCAUGAAUGUACUGAUGGUUUAGCUCAUGGGGUGCAUCUGGAAUGCCGCAGUGAUGUUUAGAGUGCAAAUAGUGUGUUGAUCACAUUUGGUGGCGCAUGCACGAGUUAAUGUGUACAAAUAAUCAAUCAAUUUUUCUCAAAAUACAAAUUUAUUGUUUCAAGUCGAGACUUAUUUUUUUCUCACACUAUUACCAAGAUUAUUAAUGCCUGAGCAUUUUUGCUGAUGAGGUCUUCCGUUUUAACUCAAUAAGGGUAUCAAUAGGUACCAAGCCCUUUUGAUAUUGAGGACAAUUUUUUAUAGGAUUGGAAAAAUAGGAAAAUCUUCUUCGAGUGAUUUUUAGUGAUUCCAGAUGUUUUUUGUUGGAGAAGAAGUGAAAAUGUGUGGAAAAUCUUAUUAGAAUAUCAAAAAUUGCUGUGAACUUUUAAAGGGGUUCAAUUGGGGGGAAUACCUCAUGGGCAUUCCGAAUAAUUGUAGGCAUUAUCGAUCAGAAUGAAUUAUUCUCGUCACAUUAAUUGGCUAAAAUUUAAUGAUAAAAAGGGAAAGUGUAACGCCAGAAAACC